UUUGGUUUCCGGUGUCUGGCGAUGGCGACUCCGGACUCCCUGUCGCUGUUCACCGGCCUCGGCCUGAGCGAGCUCAAGGCCCGCGAGACGCUCAAGAACACGGCGCUGAGCGCGCAGCUGCGCGAGGCGGCGACCCAGGCGCAGCAGACUCUGGGCUCCACCAUUGACAAGGCUACUGGGACCCUUCUGUAUGGCGUGGCUUCCCGACUCAGGGACCCCCGGCGCCUCUCUUUCCUCGUGAGCUACAUAGCCAGCAAGAAGAUCCACACCGAGCUGCAGUUAAGCGCUGCCCUAGAGUACGUGCGGAGCCACCCCCUGGACCCCAUCAACACCGCGGACUUUGAGCAGGAAUGUGGUGUGGGUGUCGUGGUGACCCCAGAGCAGAUCGAGGAGGCUGUGGAGGCCACCAUAAACAGGCACCGGCCCCAGCUCCUGGCCGAGCGUUACCGUUUCAACAUGGGGCUGCUAAUGGGAGAGGCUCGGGCUGCACUCAAGUGGGCAGAUGGCAAAAUGAUCAAGCACGAAGUGGACAUGCAGGUGCUCCACCUACUGGGUCCCAAGAUGGAGGCUGAUCUGGAGAAGAAGCCCAAGGUGGCAAAAGCUCGGCCUGAAGAAAUAGACCGAAGGACAGCAAAGGAUGUGGUGGAGAACGGUGAGACUGCCAACCAGACCCUGUCUCUGAUGGAGCAGCUACGGGGGGAGGCCCUUAAAUUCCACAAGCCUGGUGAGAACUACAAGACCCCAGGCUAUGUGACCACUCCACACACCAUGGAUCUACUGAAGCAGCACCUGGCAAUCACCGGGGGGCAGGUUCGCACCCGGUUUCCACCAGAACCCAAUGGAAUUCUACACAUUGGACAUGCCAAAGCCAUCAAUUUCAACUUUGGCUAUGCUAAGGCCAACAAUGGUAUCUGUUUUCUGCGCUUUGACGACACCAACCCCGAGAAGGAGGAAGCGAAGUUCUUCACCGCCAUCUCUGACAUGGUGGCCUGGCUGGGUUAUACACCUUACAAGGUGACGUAUGCCUCUGACUACUUUGACCAGCUGUAUGCCUGGGCUGUGGAGCUCAUUCGCAGGGGUGAGGCUUAUGUGUGCCACCAGCGCGGGGAGGAGCUCAAAGGCCACAACCCUCUGCCCUCGCCCUGGAGGGACCGUCCCGUAGAGGAGUCACUGCUGCUCUUUGAGGCAAUGCGUAAGGGCAAGUUUUCAGAGGGUGAGGCUACGUUGCGGAUGAAGCUGGUGAUGGAGGAUGGCAAGAUGGAUCCUGUGGCCUACCGAGUCAAGUAUACCCCGCACCACCGCACGGGGGACAGAUGGUGCAUCUACCCCACCUACGACUAUACACAUUGCCUCUGUGACUCCAUUGAACACAUCACCCACUCACUCUGCACCAAGGAAUUCCAGGCCCGGCGCUCUUCCUACUUCUGGCUGUGCAACGCCCUGGACGUCUACUGCCCUGUGCAGUGGGAAUAUGGCCGUCUGAACUUGCACUAUGCUGUUGUCUCCAAGAGGAAGAUCCUCCAGCUUGUAGCAGCUGGUGCCGUGCGGGACUGGGAUGACCCCCGACUCUUCACACUCACAGCCCUGAGACGGCGCGGCUUCCCACCUGAGGCCAUCAACAACUUCUGUGCCCGGGUGGGGGUGACAGUGGCACAGACCACAAUGGAGCCACAUCUUCUGGAAGCCUGUGUGCGUGAUGUGCUGAACGACACAGCCCCUCGGGCCAUGGCUGUGUUGGAGUCACUACAGGUUGUCAUCACCAACUUUCCAGCUGCCAAGUCUGUGGACAUCCAAGUGCCCAACUUCCCAGCUGAUGAAACCAAAGGCUUCCACCAGGUUCCCUUUGCAUCUGUUAUCUUCAUUGAAAGGACGGACUUCAAGGAGGAGCCUGAACCGGGCUAUAAGCGCCUGGCGUCGGGCCAGCCCGUGGGCCUGAGACAUACAGGCUAUGUCAUCGAGCUGCAGCGUGUGCUCAAGGGCCCCAGUGGCUGUGUGGAGAGCUUGGAGGUGACCUGCAGACGGGCAGAUGCUGGAGAGAAGCCCAAGGCCUUUAUUCACUGGGUGUCACAGCCUCUUAUGUGUGAGAUUCGCCUCUACGAGCGACUAUUCCAGCACAAGAACCCGGAAGAUCCUGCCGAGGUGCCCGGUGGAUUCCUAAGUGACCUGAACCCGGCGUCACUAAAAGUGGUAGAGGCUGCGUUAGUGGACUGCUCUGUGGCCCUGGCUCAGCCGUUCGACAAGUUCCAGUUUGAGCGUCUCGGGUACUUCUCCGUGGAUCCGGACAGCCGCCCGGGAAAGCUGGUGUUCAACCGGACCGUCACGUUGAAGGAGGACCCAGGAAAGGUGUAAGCCGGAAGCACGGACCUACCUCUUCUUCCUGGAGGCCCCGCGCUCCUCACCGCCCCACCCCACGUCAAUAAAGACGCUGAAUCCCCUUGGAA